AUGUCCCAUUUGUGUUACAGGGAGGGCAACAACAAAGCAGUAGAGAAAAACUCAAAGAACCAAGAGGACAAUCCCCAGAAAGUCAAGGAUUUCAUCCACAAAGCAGUAGAAUGUUACUCUCAAACCUGGAAGAAGCAGGAGGACAAUUACCAAAAACUCAGAUCUAAGCUGAGCAGCGAGUGCCUUGGAUUGGACAAGGCCUUAAUUACCCAAAACAAUAAACCAGUGGGAUCGGAGAUUGUUUACGACGGGGAAAAGAAGACUUUGCAGGUGACUCCAGAGCUCUUCAACAUCUUUUUGAAGGAUCAGCCUUUCUCCAGUAAAACAUUGGACACUUGUGCUGUUGUUGGGAAUGGUGGGAUCCUGAUCAACAGCAGCUGUGGAGAAAGGAUCGACUCGGCUCAGUUUGUUAUCAGGUGCAAUCUCCCUCCUUUGGCAAACGGAUAUGAGAAACAUGUUGGCAUAAAGACUGACCUUGUGACGGCAAACCCAAGUAUCUUCAAUGACAGGUAUGGGGCUCUGAAUGGACAUCGCCAUCCAUUUGUGGAGAGUCUACGUAGCUAUGAAAACUCCCUGCUGCUUAUUCAUGCCUUUUCCUUUAGCGCCUACACUGCUGUGUCUCUGCGGGCCUUCAACACCAUCAAGGACUUUGAGAGCCCCAUCCGACCAGUCUUCUCAAACCCAGAGUACCUCAAGAGUCUGAUCCUGUUCUGGCGCUCUCAGGGCCUGAGAGAAAGCAGACUCAGUACCGGCCUCAUCACUACCAGUCUGGCUCUGCAGCUCUGCAACAACAUUGAUCUGUAUGGAUUCUGGCCCUUCAGCAACCACCCACAAGACCUCCACCCCCUGACCAACCACUACUACGACGACAUAAAACCUAACAAAUUCCAUGCCAUGCCAGCAGAGUUUGAUCUUCUGAUGAGGUUACACAGUCAGGGCAUCCUCAGACUUCAUUUGGAGGACUGCCCAACAGGUGGAAAGUAG